AUGAAAGUGACGACCUCAACAACAUACCUGAUCACAGGUGCCAAUCGAGGCCUAGGGAUCGCCCUGGUCGAAGCAUACCUCACCCGUCCGCACAGCACCGUCAUAGCCGCUGUUCGCGACCCAUCCUCUUCGAGUAGCAAAAAUCUCGCGACGCUCCCUCGCUCAUCGACCAGCCGUCUCAUCGUCGUCAAGAUCGAAAGCACCUCCCCAACGGACGCGGACGAUGCCAUCGCCACCUUAGAGCACACACACGGCAUCACGGCCCUGGACGUCGUGAUCGCCAAUGCGGGCAUGGCGAACGCAUACCCCGUCGUCCACGAGGCCAGCCCCAAGUCCAUGCUAGAGCACUUUACCGUCAAUGUCGUCGGCGUUGUGGUGUUGUUCCGCGCUGUGAGGCCGUUGUUACUCCGCGCCGCCGCUACAAGUACGAGCGCCAGGACGCCCAAAUUCAUUACCAUGAGCUCGCGUGCCGGUUCGAUUGGGGCCCAGGACCGCAUCCCAGUCCCGAACGCCGCGUAUGGGCCCAGCAAGGCCGCCUUGAACUGGAUUACCGUGAAGAUUCACCUCGAGAACAAGGAUUUGGGCUUGUGUAGCUUCGCGAUGCAUCCAGGCUGGGUCCAGACUGAAAUGGGCAACGCCGGCGCCAGGGAAUUUGGCCUGGAGAAGGCGCAGAUUAUGCUGGAAGAGAGUAUUCCCGGGAUGGUUGACGUGAUCGACAACGCGACAAUGGAUGCAACGGCUGGGAAAUUCAUGGUCUACGAUGGGACGGAAUGGGCCUGGUGA